ACUGAUGAGAAAUGUAGGCCUUGUGUGUUUUGGAACGAGGAUAGUUAAGUAGAGGAAAUCGUUCUCUGCAAUCUUAAGUAGCUUAACUCUUAGUGAACAGUACCCACAUAUUUUGUGGCUGACAGGAAGUCAAGGAUUUGAAGAACUCCAACCAUAGGUUUCAGAUUGGUUUGAGUUAGUUUAGGAGGGGACACUUUGGCGAACAGUCCACAGGAAUAAUCCAACACGUGAAUUUGUAACAUUACCAAGUUUUUUUGUGAAAUAAACGGAAAAAAACAACAACUACAGCCCAGUGUUGACAGUGACUUGUGUCUGCCUUUAAAACACACCCACCCAAGAUGAGUUCAAAAUCAUCUGGUGGAAGUGGCACGGGCAGUGGCACGGGCUCUGGCACGGGCAGUGGAAGCCGUGGAACGUCGAAGAAGGACCACGAGAUGAUCAAUGAGGAGGGCUCCAUCUCAGAUUACAAGACCGUGGAGGGCGGGUCCACAUCCACCAAGCAAACCAUGGAUUCGGGCUAUCGAUCCCUGGGAACCAGCCAAUACAAUCGGUCCACGGGUAGCUCCAAGAGCCCGGGAUCCAAUUUGAGCAAAUCCAGCGGCUCGGGAUCAUCCCAAUUCGAAUAUAAAGGUCAAUUACCGCCGAAUAUUCCAUCAUACAAGAAGAAGGAUAAGGGCCAUAAGAAGGGCAAAUCCAAGAGCUCCACGGCCAAAGAGAGCCGCACUCAGCUUCAACAACAAGAGUCGCAGAAGAAGGAUGCCAAUGCCCAAGGCGAGGCCCAACCCGGGCAAGCCCAUCUGGCACAGGAUGACAAGGCCCUGAAGGUGGCCGCUCUGAGUCAGGCUCUGAAUUUUAUCGACAAAUUCCGCAAGAACCAAGAGAGCAAGGAGGAUAAAACUGGGGGACCAGAUGCGGCCGAGAUCAACGAUUUGGCCUCCAACCUGCAAGAAGCCUCUCAAGGGGCCGGAGUUUCAGUGAGUCAGGGCCAUCCUUUUGUCUCGUACGUCGAAGGCAAAGAACAAAUCUCGGACGUUUUAAGCGGAGAACAAGGGUCAAAAGUGAGCGAAGGCUUUUGCGCUGCUGUCUCCCUCAACGAUGGUAUGGUGAUGCACACCACGGAAAAUAUCACGGCCAUCUUGGGUUAUCCCAAGGACAUGUGGAUCGGUCGAAGUUUUAUUGACUUCGUUCACCCCAAAGAUCGGGUCACUUUCACCAAUCAAAUCACUACAGGCAUUACUCUUCCCUUUGGAGACCAACUCAAAAGCUAUGGAUCUCAGGUGGCCAAAUCCGGCGACAAGAAGCUCUUCUCGUCCAAGAUCACAUCGAACAACAGCUUCUUCUGCCGACUGCGGAUGUACAAUGGUCUCAAACAAGGUCGGUUCUCGGUGAAGGAGAGGAAAACUGUGUACAAUCCACUCAAAUUGGCCAUGUGCUUCAAGGAGAUAGACGCCGCCCGAUCUGCCGGUGGAUCCACAUCACCCACGGGAUCCCCUGAGGACCCUUCUCAUAAUCCCAACCCCCCUGUGGAUCAGCCCAAGAUCAUUUCCGACUCUGAGGACGGAUUGAUUAAUGUGGACAAACCGAGGGGAGCGAAUGUCUCCGUGAAGUAUGGAAUGGAGUCUGUCUGUCUGAUCAUCACGGCCAUUCCUUUGCAACCCGUGUACACGGUCCAAGAUCAACAAGGACCGUUCAAGGGCAUGUUCAUGACCCGACACUCGGCCAAUUGUAGCUUUAGCAUGGUCGAAGAAGGAGCUAUUCCAUUUACGGGAUACUUGCCUCAGGAUCUGGAGGAGAGCGACAUCUUCCAGUAUUAUCAUCCUCAGGACUUGCCCUAUCUGAAGGAGGUGUAUGAGUCGGUCAUGAUGGAACAGGGAAAGCCUUUCCGAUCUCGACCAUAUCGAUUCAAAGUCCGAAAUGGAGGCUACAUCUUGCUCGAAACCGAUUGGAGCUGCUUCAUUAAUCCGUGGUCCAGGCGCUUGGAAUUUGUUAUUGGGAAGCACACGGUGUUGAAAGGACCUGCCAAACCCAAUGUGUUUAGCAGUCCAUCAGAUGAAGAGGAGAGCCUGUCAGUUUCGGAAGAAAUCCUCAAGGAGAGUAAAAGCAUCCAGGAGGAGAUCAAACUGCUUCUCACGGAGACCGUGUCACGCACCAACCAAAAUGAUCCGAAAGUAAAGAGUUCCACGAGAAGGCGCAAGGAAUUGGCUUCCUUUAUGGGAUCGCUUCUCGAGGAAAUGACGCGGGCUGAGAUGACCAAAUUGGCCACCAAUUCACCUGAUACCAGUGUGGUUCUAGGGAAUGUGUCGCCCAUCCACGAUGACAUUUCCAGUGAGACUCCGCCUAGUUACAACCAACUCAACUACAACGAUAACCUCUCGAGGUUCUUCAAUAGUCAGCCCAAGACACUCACCGAAAAGGAGGUCAAUGCUAUCGAGGCCAGUGCCAGCAGCGAGGCUUGUACGGCUGAUGAGAAGGGAUCCACCAAUCCGUUCAGCUCAGGCGUUGAGAGUCAGACCGUGACUUCAGAGUCCGCUCAUGGGGGUUCCCAUCAUCGCCAUGUCCAACAUGCCAUACAGAGAAGUAAGGCUGAAAAGGACUCAAAAGAGAAUAAUGAGUCUGCGGACUCGAAUGAAAUUGAUCAAGGUGGGUCGGGGGAUUCUGGAACCACUCGGGGAGAUAUUCAACAUCGGCGAAGUAACCCAGGGAACACGCGAGCCACGACGAUUUGCGAUGGAACCGGGUCUGGCGAUGGUUCUGCAGGUUCGGGUAAUUCGCGCUCGGUUCCCAGUUCUUCUAACUCGAAGGAUAAAUACAAGCCUCCCAUUUUGACGGAGGAGUUACUACUGGUCCACAAUCGAGGAAUGGAGAAAAGAAUGAUUGAUCAUUACAAGGACAACAAGAAAACCGAAUUAAGGUUCAUCAAGAACCAAUGGAGGAACAGACCAUCUAAUAGACAUGGUUUGAAAAAGCAAUUCAAACAAUCCUGGAAACAAGUUAAGGAGCGACAGGGACACUCUCAUUCUCGUCAAGAUCUGGAUCAUCCUCAUGGAGGGGCUGCAGCCAAUGUUCCAUUGUGGCCGCCUUUCUCCGUCAGCAGACCAGUAGGAAUGCCAAUGUCCAGCAAAUCAUCAGGAGUUAAAAAGAUGACAGGACAUCACUCAUCUCAUACAGAGCAAAGUCUUGAGGUCCCCAGACCCAUGCAGUACAUUCCUGCUUCAGUGGUGGCCAGUGAGCCCACAAUAAUGGCGUCAUCAGCCGUCAGCUUAUCAAGAAACUCUCCCGUGUACCCAAAUAUUAUCCCAACAUACUACAUUGCUGCUCCGGGCAUCCCUGAUCUGACCCAAGCCAACAGGGUUGCAGCUCAUGCUGGAUUCUUGGUUCAGGCUGCAACUCAAGGUCAACCUACCUUCCUCCAACAGCCAGUGCAAUACAUCCAAGCCCCCCCUGUUCUUUACCAACCAAUUGAGUCACAGAUGAACCAAGGUUAUAUUGAGCCCCAGGUUCGGCGACAUGUGGUGGUCCCCGAUCAGUUACAGCGGACAGUUAAACCUAACAUGCAGUCCCCUAGUCCAAGUCCAGAUUUGCCGGACUCCGUGUCCGUGGACAGUUGCAUCAACGGGCCCCACGAUAUGAUGGGACGAUCGGACAAAGUUGGUACCAAGCUACCCCGGAAUGCUUACCAUCCCCAUUUGUCCAAGUUCCAAAGACCUAGUUCGAGAACCGGAUCCCGUGACACCUCGGUCAAAGCUGAACCUGGCAGUGCUCUGGAAUCGAACGCGUCGGCGUCCGUCAAGGAUAAACUUCUCUCGCCCUCGUUCCAUGGUCUCUUGCAGCAACAGAACCAAAGGAUCUCCGACAAUAGUAGUUCGGACUCGAGUUCGUCAUUGUACUCUCUACUGAAGUCUAGUGAUGAUAACCAAGCCACUUUGGAGUCGGUCAACUCAUCUGGAGAAUUGGAAAACAUUCCUAAUCGGCCAGUUCUUCAAGAUCCCUUUUGGUUGCAAAAUGUGGAGGUGAAAUCUGAAAGAUUCUUCAACUAUCAGAUGAACACCCGGAAGCUAGCUGACGUUUUAGAUGAGGAUAGAAAACAUCUUCAAAGGAUGUAUCAACCCAGUUUAGUCACGGAACAGCUCUAUCAGCUUUACGAAGAAUUGGCUGAAUGUGGAGAGAAACCACGUUCCCUUUUGGAUGAGUCCUCGAGCUCGUUGAACAUCAACUCAAGUAGUUCCUCUGAAUCUGAAAAUCAUGACAUGGAUCAAGACUCUGUCAAUGACAAGAAACAACUCAGGCGAAUGGUUAAAUUCGACAAGUUUACCUUGCUUUAUGACGCGGAUGCUCCUUUACCCCCGGCGUCAGUUCCUUUAGGCAAACUUCGGCGAGAUCAUAGUGAGAAUAUGCCCAACUCCCCUGGGAAAUCAUCAGCUUCAUCAAGUACCAUGAGCAUUGUCUCUCGCGGAAACAAGAGUGGGCAAGACACCAUGGGGAGCACUGGGACUCAAGGGGAACAUGCGAGUAUUACCUCCACCUCUAUGGGAUCCUCCUCUGCCAUCACCGUGGACAUUCGUAGUAGUAGCGAGGAUGGAGACACAACUGAAACCCGCAAGAGGUCCAAGAAGAGCUCCAGUGGAGCAGAGGAUUCUCCUUGUAGUACAUCGGACAAGAAGACUUUGGGCUCACCAAUGCCAUCGGUGACGGUGACAAAUCAAGCCGUGAUCACUGUUACAACCAAGUCUAAAUAAGAUAUAAGCUGAAUAUUGAGUUUGUGAUCUGGUUCAAGUUAAUUCAUCUUGAUUUUGCACGUGUUCUCCAUUCAUCCGAAAUAUUUAUGUCCAUUACAAUUUUCCAAAUAACCUAUUUUAUUUGUGUUCAAAUAAAUUCGGUUUUUUCCUCA